CUUAGACCCAGUCCACGCAACAUGAUCGCCUCAGCUUGGUUGUUGGGCUGUCUCACAGCUCUUCUUCGCGUUGCUACAGCUAGGGAUUGCCCUCACAUCCUAUCGUGCACUGUCGGUGCAGAGCAAGCCGAUCCAUGCUGCGUGCCCUCCCCGGGCGGCCUCAUAGUUUUCCGGCAGAGAUUCGAACCGGACAAGGGAAGUGAUGAGGGCACUUGGGGAGUAGAUGGUCUAGAGGUGCUGGAUUGCGCUGGUCAAACCUCUCAAGAUCUCCAGCCAUUCGGCCCAAGCUAUCAACACGAGGAGAUUGCUUCUUUCUGCCUUCGCUCGGACGUCUUUGGUGGACAGAGAAGUUUCGAUCAAGCAGAAGGAGAAUGGGCGCAGAGUGAGGUCGGGGAAGGCGUAGAGGAAGUCUGGGAGCGUUCGUGGAAUACGGCGGGCAGAUUCAUCUCGACCAUAGGGCCUUCGUGUAUGCCUGCCGGUCAGGGAGUUGCCUCUUUCUUCCAUACCUUGCACAAGCUUCACUCCGCUUUUCCUACGGCCGACCUGCUGUCCAAUGCCGACAUCAGUCCGUCGCCUGAUACUACGUACACGUUGGCAGAAAUCCUGGACGCCUUGAAGUUCAAGAGUCAUCAGCCAAUUGUCGAAUGCGAUAACAUGACAUUAUCAUCCGUUCUGUGGCCUUUGCAAAUCCAGGACACGUUCCAAGGCGGUUUCGUCGUCCCCUCUUUCUUACUGGAACGGAAAUCAUCUUGUCCUGUAGAGGGAAUCAUAUUUCCUCCAGCCACAACUAGACCAGCGCCCACGACGUCCCACACAUGGGAUCCUAUAACGCGACCCACCCCUCGAGCCAUCAGUCUAGACCAUGACGACAGCAAACUCUACUUCUUGCCAGAACAAAAAGUACCGCAACAUGACCCAAGACGGCUCGGGGUGUUCAAGGCCGGUGACGAGGACAGGGAAGAAGACAAGGAAGGAAGAUACUGGAAGAGAUAUAGACGGGACGAAUUAUGAUAUGAGCAGAAUCACUGGGA